CUCCAGUGACACCUGCCGCGGGGACCGGGAUCUGGGGUCCGCGCGUGGGUUCGGAGCGGUGCGCGCGGCCGAGGUCGCGGCGUGGGGCGCGCGGGGACCACAACUCCCAGGCACCCGCGCGCCGCCCGCCCGGGACCACGUGACCCGCGCGGCCCGGGUCGCUGUCGCGGCGGCUGCGGGUCGGAGUAGCCUCCGGGAGACCCGAGCGAGCAGACGCGGCCCCGGGCCGCCCCGCGCGCUCAGCAUGGCGAUGCAUUUCAUCUUCUCAGACGAGGCCGUGCUUCUGUUUGAUUUCUGGAGUGUCCACAGUCCUGCAGGCAUGGCCCUUUCAGUGCUGGUGGUUCUGCUCCUGGCUGUGCUGUAUGAAGGCAUCAAAGUUGGCAAAGCCAAGCUCCUUCACCACACUCUGAUGAGCCUGCCCAUUGGCACCAGCCAGCAGCUCAUCUUGGAGACAGACCGGGAUUCUGCAGGCUCGGACUCACCCCCAGCCAGCAGCACCAACCUCAGGUGGUUUUUGUGUCACUUUGGCCAGUCUCUAGUCCACGUCAUUCAGGUGGUCAUUGGCUACUUCAUGAUGCUGGCUGUAAUGUCCUACAACACCUGGAUUUUCCUCGGUGUGGUCCUGGGCUCAGCUGUGGGCUACUACCUAGCCUACCCACUUCUCCGCCUGGUUUAGCUGGCGAGGGAUUUGCAGGCACUCAGGGCUGGAGGGAGCUGGGCACCCUCUUCCUUUUUCUCCUGGCGACCGUUUCUCACCUCCUUCUCAGCUCUGGGCAACUUGGAGCUGAAGCCAGCACUUCCUCCCUGGAGUUCAGAGGCCACUGCAGCCACCUCCCUCCUUGGCCAGCCUGCACAGGGCCUGGGCCUAGUCUGGUGCCUUAAGAAGGCUGCUGUGACCAAUGGGAGAAAGCAGAGAAUACAGCCUGGGGACAGGGUUGCUGAGCCUAGACUCAUCCCUGUGACUCAUGAAUAUGAAUUUCCAAAGAUCUUUGGGACAGGGAGAUGGGAAUCUGAGUGAUGAAGGCCACAGAACCUGGAUACCCUCUCUCUGCUUUGUGCCUUAUCUACAGGAGCAUCUUCCACUGGACUUCCUCUUCUGUCUUUGGGGGACAGAGACCAAAAUAGCUCCUUUUUGAUCUUCGUGCCUUUGGAACACAUAGUCUAUUAUAUGGAUCACAUUAACAAACUAAGAUUUUACAUUUUCCCCACUGAACUCCUGAUUGGCAGUUUUGCACAUUCAUACAAAAAGUUUUUCAAAGCAGUGAUUUCAUCUUAGUCCUGAUGGAAGCCAGCAACUGCUGAGACCCGUCUCCCUGUCUUGGGGAGAGAAUAAGUGACAAGUAACUAAAGGCAGUUUGUCCUGAGCUCCUCCCAUCAGACGGCACUGCCUGCAGGGGAGAGCAAUCUAUAGGCCAAGGUGUCUGGGAGCUCCUCGUGGCCUCAGUGCCCCCCUCUUAUCCGGUUCCUCUUUUAUCACUGCCCACUCAUAGCGACCUGUGGGGAAACAAUUCAGUCACUGAAAAUACAGAUUAAGCCCAAGGGGACACUGACUGGAUGCAGUGAGCAGUCAAACCAAAGCCAGUGCAUUUUUAGUUAGAUGAACUCUGGAUAUUUGAGCCUCUUCACUUUACAGAAAAGAGAAGAGAUCCAGGGAGAGAAAAUCGCUGCUGUGGACUAUGAUAUCCAAGUUCAAGUACCUCACGGGCUAGAUGAAAAGAUGGUCUUAAGCUUUGGGAAUUAAACACAAUUACAUUUUAAUAAAUACAUAUUUUUAA